CUGGGCGCCAAGCACCAGUUAGCCGACAAUCGUCUUCUGGUGUGCUCAGGGGCCCGAAAGCUCGGUAUUAGGUGCCUGGGUCGCCGGCGCCUGUUCAUCAACACAAAUCUAGUGAGAAAUGUUCGAUUCCAUGUCCAAUAGAGUGGAGAGCUCUGGACAGCCUGGAGGAGCUGUACCAAGACCAGCAAUGGGACGACAAACUAAGGCUUGCAUUACGUGCAGGCAUCUCAAGAUCAAAUGCGUCAUGCCAGAUACAGCAGGCCCAUGUCGGCGCUGUCGCAACCGUGGUUUGGAAUGUCGUGUAGAGAAACACCCGCAAGCAAUCAUGCUUGAGCAAACUGAUAGAUGGCGUAACGAUGUUUCUGGUCGUGUGCAGCAGUUGCAGACUGCCGUAGAUGUCUUACUGCGCAUGUCUAAUCUGCCAGCACUGAACUCAUAUGCUCAAACCCUGGCUGGCGUAGAGCCCGGACUGGAACAUGAAAAGAGCGGGCAUGGAUCAGAAGAGGAGGACACGUUACCUCCGGCGCCCAUUCUGAGACCUGUCGCCCCUGUCGAUGAUUCUAUUUACAGUCUACCCAUCAAUUCUCUUUACGAGGUAACGAGACUGCCCACUCUCGGGGCCGGACAUGCGUCGCCGUCUACUCCGCGAAACCAUCAGAGUCACGAUUUCAUAACACGAGGCUUAAUCUCAGAAGCCGUCGCCGAGAGUUUAUUCACCAGAUUCAUCUGUCUCGAUUACUUCUGCUACGGUCUCAUGUGCCCUUACAGUAUUCUCAGAGACCUUCGAGCUAACUCUCCAAUGCUUACCGCUGCCGUAUGUGCAGUAGCUGCACUCCAUGAUCCCGAUGGCUCUUCAGUAUUUAAGAUAUGUCAUGCAGAGUAUCAAAGAUUAGUUAUGGGAAGCAUGUUCGUCGUGUCACAAUCUUCCGACACUAUCAGAGCGCUUAUAAUUGGCGCUUACUGGUUAGCUGAUAUAUCAUACACGUUGCUUGGGCAUGCUAUCCGCUUGGCCAUGAGACUCAAUUACCACUUGGCCUACUACGCGGUCAUGAAGGGCGGCGCAGAGCAAGAAGACAUUAUAAAAGCACGUCUUUGGUAUAUCCUAUACAUCCACGACCAUCAGUCAAGCAUCUUCAAUGGUCGACCUGCUUUGAUCUCCGCUUCUGAAGAGCCGCAUCAACAAUGGGAAGCCUUCAUCCGAAUCAACGAGAACCAAGAAGUAGAUUUGAGAAUGUCAAGUCAGAUUGCGCUCUAUCACAUUACGUCAAAGGUCAGAGAUGUCUUUGGCGGAGAUCCGUCACAGGGUGUACCGAAUCACAGUCUACCCCAGCUUCGUGGGUACUUCGCCGAAUUAGAUCGAUGGUACAUGAUCUGGGGCAACAGAAUGCCACGAAAUGCUUACGUUGGCUGGUUCCCGAGAGAUGGUGCCAUCUUGAAUUACCAUUUCGCCCGGCUACACCUCUGCUCCUACAUCUUCCGAGGCUUGUCUUUAGGAUCCUUGCCCAGCGCAUCUGUCGAGGUGCAGGAAUUUGGGAGAACCGCAGUCACGUCUGCCGGAGCCGUGCUGAGCUUAGCCGUUGAACGUGACGAUUUACGAUCAGCGCUUGUCGGUAUGCCCAUAUACUACCAUGCCAUGAUCAAUUUCGCGGCUGUGUUCCUUAUCAAGGCAGCUAAGAUCGGUUUCCCGGAUUCCACAGCGGUGAAUGCCCCAACCGUACUAUCCCAGGUGAACGACUGUGUACGCGCACUUCGUGCACAGAAUGCUUCCAGUCAACACCUUGUAUACCAUCUGGCUAAUGGCUUGGAAGGAUACAUGAAGGUGCUUUCUGAUCCCAAUCAGGAUGUUUCAAUGCUUCCGGGACGUACGGGUGCUUUGGGAGAUAACGCCUCGACGCUAAGUACAGCGGAUUCGAUCUUUAUGCUCGACACCUUUGAUCUAUUUUCCUAUGUGAAUAUGUAGUCGUAUUAGACAAGACUGUGAUAUCGGCACGGAAGAUAUGACGCAGCUUGAGGUGGUUAGUCAGCUAUAUGGUGGGGGUACCGUUUGUAUCUCAUCAAGAUAUCGUCGGGAAAAGUGCCUGCGAACGUGUUUUUUCGAUAUCCUUUUCGAAGUCGAAACAGUAUACAAGGUAUGGGUGCAUCAUGAAAAGCAGAGCAAGAUUUUCUCGGACGAGAAAGGACGAGUACCAUGAUAAGUGAAGC